AUGGGAAUUAAUGGACUACUAGCUUUUGUUAAGAAAUUCAGGAAGGAGUGUAAUUUAAAAGCAUUCGCUGGUCAAACUGCAGCAAUAGAUGCAUCAUGGUGGAUACACAAGGCUUUAUGUGUGUCUAUAAAACAAACUGGGAAUCGCAUAAGAUUUGGUGAUAUUUUCGAGGCACAUUUACGGAUAGUGAAAGAAUCAGGUGUUGUUCCGUUCGUGGUAUUCGAUGGAUUUGAUUUACCAGGCAAAGCGAUUGAGCAUGAGAGAAGACAAAGAGAACGAGAGCAGAUUCUGAAACAAGCUGAGGGGCAAAACAUUACCAAAGAUGAAGCAAAUCGUAUAUAUAGCCGGGCAGCAUCAAUUACAUUUGAAGAUAUCAUGGUUUGUGUCAAUAUAUGUUUAGCAGAAUGUGUGAGGUACAUUGUAUCACCCUAUGAAUCGGAUGCACAAAUAGCCCAUAUGGUACUGGUUAAGCUGAAAAUGAGUGGAGAUGGAGAAUGUUUUACUUUGUCUGAAAUAUUAAAUGGUUUAAACCUAAACCAUAAAAAGUUCAAGCAAAUGUGUAUAGCUGCUGGUUGUGAUUAUGUCAAGAAUUUGAAAGGUGUUGGCAUACACACAGCAUACCGCCUCAUACAACAACCAAAUGAGGACUUGUGCGAACUACUUCUAAAGAAAGCAGGAACACAGGAAUAUAAAGACCAUUUCAUUGGAGCUGAAGCUAUUUUCAGACACCAAACUCUUUUUAAUCUGGAUAUUUUAUCAACAACCCAUUUACAUGAAUGUGAGACUGCAUUAUCUGCAGUUGUUCAACAUCUCUGUGGAGAUUUGCUGGAUGAUUUAUAUGCCAAGGAAAUGGUGGUUGGAAAUGUAAACACAAAAAAUAGGGAGAAAGUAAAUAACUAUCCAGUUAUGGAAAGGUCAAUUGUUAUACAAUCAAAUAAGAAGGUUCCUGCAUUGGUUUCCUCUGCAUUACCUGAUUGUGGUGAUGAUAGCAAUUGCCAAGAAUUCAUAUGUGACAUUAUCCACAUUAAAAAGUUGUCAUCAGUUUUAUGGAAGAUCCCACAAUUCCCAGUAGUGACCUUGGAAUUUUCAUUUGUCCAAUUUAAGAAAGAUGGAAGGAUAUGUAUGGGCGUCAUUGAAAAGUACAAAGUGGCAGAUACACAACCAGGAACAUUCAUGUGUACCUCACACUGUGAAAUUGCAAUUAGUGGUUCUAUAUAUACUGUUCUGUGGAGAUUAGUGUCAACUUCCUUGGUCUCGAGUGUUUGUGAAGACAGCGAUGGUUUUAUGGGGUCUACUAAUGAACCAGUGCAUGAUUAA